AUGAGGAGACAGGAGGAGGAGACAGGAGGUGGGGACAGGAGGAGGAGACAGGAGGUGGGGACAGGAGGAGGAGACAGGAGGUGGAGACAGGAGGAGGAGACAGGAGGUGGAGAUAGGAUGAGGAGACAGGAGGUGGAGACAGGAGGAGGAGGAGACAGGAGGAGGAGACAGGAGGUGGAGAAAGGAGGAGGAGACAGGAGGUGGAGACAGGAGGAGGAGAUAGGAGGAAAAGACAGGAGGAGGAGACAGGAGGAGGAAACAGGAGGAGGAGACAGGUGGAGGAGACAGGAAGAGGAGACAGGAGGAGGAGACAGGAGGUGGAGACAGGAGGUGGAGAAAGGAGGAGGAGACAGGAGGUGGAGACAGGAGGAGGAGAUAGGAGGAAAAGACAGGAGGAGGAGACAGGAGGAGGAAACAGGAGGAGGAGACAGGUGGAGGAGACAGGAGGAGGAGACAGGAGGUGGAGAAAGGAGGAGGAGACAGGAGGUGGAGACAGGAGGAGGAGAUAGGAGGAAAAGACAGGAGGAGGAGACAGGAGGAGGAAACAGGAGGAGGAGACAGGUGGAGGAGACAGGAGGAGGAGACAGGAGGAGGAGACAGGAGGAGGAGACAGGAGGUGGAGACAAGAGGAGGAGACAGGUGGUUGAGACAUGA